CAUCUCACCAGAAGAAAAUGCAGAGAAGUUGGCCAGCGAAUUACGUAGUACAAACGCCAAUAUUAAGAAAGCUAGCGCUGGCUAAUGAGGAUGCAUGGCUCACAGCAGCCGCUACAGCAGAGAGUAUGAACGACGCAGAGAGGGCCUUAGUUAGUUAUCAAAAUGCACUCGUACACUCUCCAUACUCUGUGCCCGCUCUGAGCGCAGUCGGUGCUAUUUACCGCCAAAGAGAGAACUUCCCAAAGGCUAUUGAAUUUUAUCAGCGCGCACUCAACGUACAACAAGAUAAUGGCGAUAUUUGGAGUGCACUCGGGCACGCUUAUUUGAUGAUCGACGACUUACAGAAAGCAUACACAGCCUACCAACAGGCGCUGUACCAUCUUCCCGCACCUAAGUUACAGGACCCUAAGCUUUGGUAUGGUAUUGGUAUUCUUUAUGACAGAUAUGGUAGUCUAGAACACGCGGAGGAAGCUUUCGCUGGUGUUAUCAAAAUAGCACCUGAUUUCGAAAAGGCAAACGAGAUUUACUUCAGAUUGGGCAUUAUAUACAAGCAACAACAGAAGUUCUCUACAAGUUUAGAUUGCUUUAGGUACAUCCUCACUAGUCCACCAAAACCCCUUUCAGAAAUCGACAUUUGGUUCCAAAUCGGACACGUUUACGAGCAGCAGAAGGAGUACACCCUCGCUAGAGAAGCAUACGAGCGUGUGCUCAUAGAGAACCCAGAACAUGCAAAGGUCCUCCAGCAACUCGGCUGGUUGUACCACCAGACCUCAGCUACCAACAACAACGAUCAGGAGUUGGCGAUUCAAUACCUUACGAAAUCCCUCGGUGUAGACCCUACAGAUCCACAGUCAUGGUAUCUACUCGGCAGGUCUUAUAUGGCUGGUCAAAAGUUCAACAAAGCCUAUGAAGCUUAUCAGCAGGCUGUUUAUAGAGAUGGCAGAAAUCCAACAUUCUGGUGUUCGAUAGGUGUUCUUUACUACCAAAUUAAUCAAUAUAGGGAUGCUCUUGAUGCCUACUCCCGUGCAAUACGCUUAAAUCCUUAUAUUUCUGAAGUCUGGUUCGACCUGGGAUCGCUUUAUGAAAGCUGCCAUAAUCAGAUUUCAGAUGCGAUUGAUGCCUAUGCUAGAGCUGCAGAUUUGGAUCCAACAAAUCCACAUAUAAAGCAACGUCUGCAAUUGCUUAAGAAUGUGCAAGCCAAUGGUGGUUCAGUACCAGCGGCACCUGUUCCUCAAGAUGUACAUCCUACAGCAUAUGCUCAACCACAGGCAGUCUCUAGUAGCACUGCUAAUAGUGAAGGUCAGACGCCAUAUGCUACCAUAGAAUCUGCUGAUAGUGUCCAACAACAACAGCAGCGCAUGACACAAGCACAUGGCCAACCACAAUCACAGGUACCAUCAGUGUCAUCAGUUUCCGACGUAGAGCCGACAGCUCCAAAUGGCGCAGCUGGUCAACCUGUACCUUUCUCAGCAGGUUUACCUGGAAGACAAUUGAAUUUACCGCGUGAUGCUCCAAUGCCUGUUCAAAGAUCUGAACAGCAAUUCGUCAGUUACACUCCUGCUCAUUACGAAGAUGGCAGACCUGUAGUUGAUUGGGAGGGUAGACCGGUAUCCGUCCAGAGGUUCCACUCUCCAGUACCAAAAGAAGCGAUUAAAAGAAAUUCAUCAAUAUUAUCACCACCGCCUGUAAAUUCACACCCACCUCACCUUUCUCAAUCAUUUGAGAGGACUGGAAAUGGAACGACCUCGAGGAAUUCACGCUAUGAUCCUAGAAUGGAUGGCGCUCCAUCUCAACCAGUCGUUUCAAACCCUCAUCAAGAGUCACCACCAAGAUUGACACCUAAGUCAGUCAAAGGUCGUAAAUCUUUGGCAUUCCAUGCGCAGAGAAUGGAAGAUAGUGCAUAUACGCCUCCUCCACUGGGUCAAGAAGCAAGCAGCUAUACACUUCACCAUAAGAAACCGACCAGACCAAGGCCUUCAAUCGAAAGCCCUGCUAGUAGUCGUAGAGCCAGUGCUACUACAAGAUUGGCACCUGUCGCUCAACCAAGCACUUCAUCUAUUCAUAAUAAUGGAAGAUAUAGUCAAUCUCCACAAUCUGAGGAUGAUACUAAUGCAGCUGCUGUUCCACCUGUCACAAGAGUCGUUGAUGAAGAUUAUGACGAAGGUGCAGCAGACGCUUUGAUGGGAUUGGCAGGUGCAGCUGCCGCAUCUGACAGACAACCAAUACCGCCAAAUAUAAGAGAACCACUUGAGAAGGAAAAUGGUCCUAAUCACAUGAUAGGUGUUAAGCGAAAUACACAAGAUGGGCAAAAUGAUCCGAAUAAGAGGCAAAGAGAAGAUAAGAAUGGUAGCUUAUCCCCAGAGAAUGAUCCAGCUGCAUUUCCGCGAAAACACAGUAUGAAUACAAUGAAUACACCACCAGCUGAUGACACAAAUGAAGAUGAUGAAUUGGAAGGAGCAGAAGAUAGCAAAGACGCGGUAAAGGAAGCUGUUGAUGCGCAUAAUGGUGAACAACAACAACAGCCGCAACAGCAACAGCUUCAAGAGCCACAAGCGAGGCCAGUUGACCAAGAAAUGAGAGAUGCUUGAUAAUUUUGUCUAAUGGUCUAUGGUGUAUAAUUACCUCUUUCUACAUUUAUUUAUGCAGCUCUUCUAUUUUUCCUUCUGUAUUACAGGUAAUUACUGCAAAGUUGUACAUACAAUCAUAAAACAAGAAUGAAUGUGAUGUUUUUAUAUUGCAAUAUUAUUAACUCUGUUUAUGACAAUUACAAGAAAUCGUUAGCUUGUGAACAUAAGAGCCCAUUAAUGCUCAGAAAUGUGAUCAACUUUGUCAAGGUCAUUGAGUGCUUUCUCAAUUAUAGAAACACCGCGUAAGAGAUCAUCUUCUGAGAUGACCAAUGGUGGUGCGAAUCUGAUGAUAUUCUGAUGUGUUGGUUUACCUCUAGUAGAUUUAGAUUCGUCAAUGACAACAGCAUUGAGAAGUCCUUUGCCUCUCACUUGAUCAAUAAGUGGUGACUGGAUUUUACCAACUGCAUCUCUGAAUAUAUGACCAAGUUUUUCGGCUCUCUCGACGAGGUUUUCGUCAAUUAUGACAUCGAGUGCUGCCAUAGCGACAGCUGAUCCGAGUGGGUUGCCACCAUAUGUUGAGCCAUGACUACCAGUAGUGAUUGUGAGCAUUAUAUCAGCAUCUGCUAGAACUGCUGAAACAGGAUAUACGCCACCACUGAGUGCUUUUCCUAGUGUAACAACGUCUGGGCGGACGCCUGAGUGUUCGCAACAAAGCAUUUUACCAGUGCGACCGACAGUUUGUAUUUCAUCGCAUAUCAAAAGCACGUUGUACUUCUCGCAUAAUUGCUUCGCUUGUCUGAGGUAAUCGUGAUCAGGAACAAUUAUACCAGCCUCCCCUUGUAUUGGUUCGACAAGGAAUGCAGCUGUUUGGUGGCCAUACUUUUCUAGGACCCUAUGGAGAUCGUCUAUGUUGUUGUACCUGAUUCGUGUAUCAUCGAAUGAGGUACCAACGCCCUGGAGGAAUGGACCAUAUUGGUGUGUGGCCUCUCCGAUACACCUUUUUUGGCAUAUGCCCAACGACGUGCUAAUUUCAAGGCUGUUUCGACAGCUUCUGCUCCUGUGUUCAUAGGGAGUACCAUAUCAUAGCCUAGUAAGUCAGUGAGUUUCUUAGCGAAUUCACCAAAAACACUGUUAUGAAAUGCGCGACUACUGAGCGUCAACUUGGAGGCUUGCCUCGUGAGUGCUUCUAUAAUCUUUGGAUGACAGUGCCCCUGAUUUACGGCGCUGUAAGCACUAAGAAAAUCCAAGUAUUCUACACCCUCGACAUCCCAGACUUUAGCUCCGGAUGCGCUAUCGAAUACGACAGGCAAUGGGUGGUAGUUGUGCGCUGAGUGUUUAGUUUCAAGAUCAAUUGCGUGUG